AUGGAGAGUGCUGGAAUAAGUCAAGCUAACCGGAAGCAUCAUUCAUCCACAAAGCUCGUCGUCGGGUUCAACUUAGCAAGCGUGACAACUCAAGGGGAGAUUCUGCUACCCACGAAUGCCGAAGGGGUAAUGAAGACGACCCUGUUUGAAGUAGUAGAUGGCUAUAUGAGCUACAGUCUUAUUCUUGGAAGACCUUGGCUACAUGAGAUAAAGGAUAUGCUGUUAGCUUACCAUCAACGUCUGAAAUUCCCAACUCUAGAGGGAAAUAAGCAAAUAAGAGGAGAUCAAUCGGCGACAAGGGAGAUGAAUGCGAUCUCGGUUUCCAGUAGCAAAGGGAAGGAACAUGCGGCAUAG